UCAAGAUGGCGGAUUGAGUUCACUUCUCACUGUCAUGUGACAUCUUGCUCUGCCUGGUGAGCUACACGUGUGUAUGGAGAGGAGAGUGGGCAUUUCUUCAUAGUCUCUCUGGGACACUAUAAGGAAGAACCAUGUUUACAUCUAAGCUGCUAACCCUGGUCUUGGUUGUCCAGCCUCCGAGAAUUCUAUUGGGCAUGAAAAAGCGUGGGUUCGGUGUUGGUCUGUGGAAUGGCUUUGGUGGUAAAGUGCAAACAGGAGAAACAAUAGAAGAAGCUGCAAAGAGGGAGCUUUGGGAAGAAAGCGGUCUUACAGUGAAGACUCUCGAGAAAAUUGGUGAAAUUAAGUUUGAAUUUGUUGGCAGCACUGAACUCCUGGAUGUACAUGUGUUCCGCGCAGAUAACUUUACUGGUGAACCUACCGAGAGCGAUGAAAUGCGGCCUCAGUGGUUUGACUUAGAGAAAAUACCAUUCGAUGGGAUGUGGCCAGAUGACAUCUAUUGGUUUCCUCUUCUUCUCCAGAAAAAGAAAUUCCUUGGCUAUUUCAAGUUUGAAGGCCAUGACAAAAUUCUCAACUACACCUUGGAAGAAGUUGAAGAUGUUUGACAACAAAUUCAAGGAUAAUUAUACUUUUCCAUACAACCCAUCCAUUCAAAUGAAGAUCAUCUUGUAUGUGGAGCACCUUAAUAGUUUUUAGAGUUAAAAUUUUAGUUUAGUUUUAUUUUACAUAAAAUUUGACUUAGUCUGUAAGCUCUUGUUGGACCUGGAUGGUAUCCCAGACUAUAUGCACCCUGUACAUACUGUUAUCGAGCAAUUUGACAAUAGUUCAAUUGAAUACAUCAGCUAAACGGUUUCAA